AUGUCUCGGAUUAUCUGUGCUAGGUCAGCUGACAAAGCUCAGGGCGGCGUCCUGGCACUGUGCUUGAAAUUAUGGAUGGCAGCGCGCCUGAUAGAAACGCCAUGGCAAAUCUGCGGCCGGGAAACACUCGGGCUGCGGAUUAUAGACGACCCAGACCAUAUCUUUCAUGGGAAGAUUCCUGUUACACCUGUGAUGGACACACAGCUUGAUAGGAUUGUCAUCCAGUCCAUUCUUAUUCCACUCCGGCACGAAGUGCUGAAGAAGAUUCAAGACAAAAUAUUCAAAAAGGACCCUGCCAUGUGGUUCGAUUUACUCGCUGCUGUCUUUAUUUCCCUCAACACGAUAGAGAUUGCAGUCGGCCACGACCACGAAUUUGCUACCCUGUAUGGGCAUGUGCUAGGCAUGGUGAAGUACAUGUAUCUGCAAAAGUGCUGA